GAACUACAGGAUGAGACGAGCUCGUGCAGGCAGUCACUGCCGCCGCCCAAUAGACUCCCGCGAUCCGGAGCGCGAGCAGGACGACCUCCUCCCAAUCAAGAGGCCGGAGUGUGAGCCUGUUCCUGACCUCAAUUCAGCUUGGAUGCUUUAGCAACAAUCUGCAGACUGAGCAAGCGAGAAAGGAGAGAGUGUGGGACAGAGACGGAUAUUUAGGAUUCAGCUCUCGCGCGUCCCGACUCCCGGUCUUGCAAUGGGAUGCACGUUAAGUGCAGAGGAGCGUGCGGCUCUGGACCGGAGCAGAGCGAUCGAGAAAAACCUGAAGGAAGACGGAUUAAGCGCAGCCAGAGAAGUCAAAUUACUGCUGCUGGGCGGAGGGGAGUCGGGGAAGAGCACCAUCGUCAAACAGAUGAAGAUUAUCCACGAAGAUGGGUUCUCUGGAGAUGAUGUAAAGCAGUUUAAACCUGUGGUCUAUAGCAACACCAUUCAGAGCCUCGCCGCCAUCUUGCGAGCCAUGGAAACUCUUGGUAUAGAGUACGCAGACAAGGACAGAACUGCAGAUGCUAAGAUGGUGUUUGAUGUGGUUAGUCGAAUGGAAGACACGGAGCCAUACUCAACAGAACUGUUGGGUGCCAUGAUACGUCUGUGGACUGAUGCCGGAACUCAAGCUUGCUUUAGCCGCUCUCGAGAGUAUCAGCUCAAUGAUUCUGCCCAAUAUUAUCUAGACAGUUUGCAGCGCAUUGGAUCUCCAGAUUACCUCCCCACUGAACAGGAUAUUCUCCGAACCCGAGUCAAAACUACUGGCAUUGUUGAGACCAAUUUUUCCUUCAAGAACCUUAACUUUAGGCUGUUUGAUGUGGGGGGACAGAGAUCAGAGAGGAAAAAAUGGAUUCACUGCUUUGAGGAUGUGACAGCCAUUAUCUUCUGUGUGGCACUGAGUGGAUACGACCAAAUGCUCCAUGAAGACGAGACCACGAACCGUAUGCAUGAGUCUCUUAUGCUCUUUGACUCUAUAUGUAACAAUAAGUUCUUUGUUGACACGUCCAUCAUCCUUUUCCUCAAUAAGAAGGAUCUGUUUGGAGAAAAGAUUGCAAAAUCUCCCCUGAAUAUCUGCUUCCCAGAAUACACAGGCCCAAAUACAUUUGAAGCGGCGGCUACGUAUAUACAGGGUCAGUUUGAAAGUAAGAAUCGCUCUCCUAAUAAAGAGAUCUACUGUCAUCUAACCUGCGCUACAGACACAGGAAACAUCCAAGUGGUCUUUGAUGCUGUCACUGACAUCAUCAUCGCCAAUAACCUGCGUGGCUGUGGCCUCUACUGAGCUCCGACUCCGCUUGUUGCCCUUCGAAAUGGUGACAAGUGACUGAACUGACACCCCUGUGACUUUGGCCAAGGCACUCCCUUGUUUGAUUUCACUCUUGUCUAUUUUUGUCUUUUGUUCAGAAUAUGUAUCCCUUAUUUUCUUUUGUAGUUCUGUCAGUACAUUGCUGGAGUAAAUAACGUAUGGGUGUGCAUGUAUAGUCUAAAAUGAGUGUUUGGCCGGGCAUAGAUGCUUUAAGCAUGAGUGCAUGUGUGUGUGUGUGAGUGUCAGUCACAAUGAGUGAGAGUGUUUGUCAGGUGAUAACACACAAAGGUUCUCUGCUGUGUAAGAGACUUCCAAGUGCUGACAUGAUUCUACACUAAAAUGAUCUCAAAAACCUUUGAAGAAUCGGUGUCUCUUGCAGGCUUUUCUUAAAAUCUAAAAACGGAGUGACUGAGAGCAAGAUAUAUGGUGAAUCAUUUAGCAGAGGGGAAUGUCAUUUCAGAAACUGAAUGUUGUCCAGGGGCAGCUCUUAAGCCGAAGUUGUUUGAGACCUGGCUUCGCCCUUUAUUGGGUCUCUGCUCACUGGCUUCAGGCUGACAUAAAAUGCCUUUCAGCGAAUGAAGCCUCUUACAAAGUGUGAUGUUGACAACAUUCUCACUCAACAUGAGCACAAAUAGUUCAAAAUCUCUUCAUUUCUGUAUAAAUUAUUCUGUAGUUUAUUUAUUUAUAUAAUUAUAAGCGCAUGUAUUUACAUAUUUUGUAUGGCCCCACACUUUGUGCACCCUAUCAAUGUCGGGCUACGAAUACAAACUAGUUUGCAGACUUUAGAUGGAGAACAGCGUAAAUAUUAAGACAGCAAUUCAGAUUCAUAUACAACUGAAUUACUGAACGAAUGAGCUACUGCUUCUUUUUAUCUCACUCUCUUUAACUGAUGAUGUAAUGACGUGUGAGAGUGUGUACAGAUGCGUGUGUGAUGCAUGCACACUCUUUAUUCAACCAUGACCUGUUACUUAACCCAGAUUUCUUUUCCCGUUUCCCUCUUUUUCUCUGCUGUGGAUGAAUUUUUUUUUUUUUUUUUUUUUUUGUUUGGUGCACUGAAUGUUCUCCUUUCCUCCCUUGGGGUAAUACUGCACUGUACUACUGGGUUUAGUCUUCUGACCGACCAAUGAAAUGUUUACAUUAAAAAAGAAAACACUUUAGCACCAACUACUGGCUGUGAAUUGAUUUGUCUGUCCCUCUUUUAACGUGGUUAGUGUAUUUCAACUAUUAUAAUUACAGUAGUUACAUAAAUAGAUUAAAUAACAUAAGUGUGAAAGAUAAGAACAAUAUUGUCCCAGCAAACACAGAACAUUCCCAUUUAGUUACUUUUUGGGAACCAAAUAAGAACGUUCUGGGAGCAUUCUUUUUUGUAAACAAAACCAUCCUUCCCAGAAGGUUACAGGGAGGUUUAUUUUAAUAACCUAAAGAGAAUCUAUACAGAACUUUAUCAAAUGGUUAUUUUAGGUUUUAUUUUAUAAACAAAAACUAACGUUCUGGGAACCAAAAUUGUUUGCUGGGAUGCCUAUCUUUCCUUUUAUAUUUGUCUAAUGCCCGUAUGGCUACCGAAUGAGAUCCCAAGUCCUACACUCUUCAUAUGACGCUCACACGUGAUUGUGACGCACGAAGGAGCGAUUCCAUUUAUUUCUGCCAGACAAGAUUUAUCCGCGAAAGCAUCAUACGUUCGCUGAAAUUAAGCUGGGAAAAUGGACCAGUGUGACUGUUCUAAAACUGGAUCUUGUAACUGCGGGCAAAACUGCAAAUGCACCAACUGCGCGUGCGCACAAGGCAAGAAAAAUCCGGUAGGUUGCGGCAGUUGUCCAUCUGAAUGCAGUAAAAAGGGCACGAAAGGCUGCGAGAGCGCGUGCAAGGACAAGGAGAAAUCGUGCGACACAAGCUGCUGCAAAUGAAAGGCUAUGAAAUGAGCUGUGACACUGUGCUCCUUUAAUAAUAAAAGCAAUUCUAUCGUGUA